AUCUCCUGUUGUUGUUGUUGCUCUUUCUUGCUUGGUAGUAUAAGAUCUGCCAUUCUCCACGAAGGCGGAAGGCGUUCAAUUGAGUAAAUCGUCGUCGUUCGCUGUCGUCAUUGUCAGUCAAAAAGUAUCACCGCAUCUCUCAAAAGCGGGCGCCUGGAGGAACAUUGUUUUUCUAAGCAGAGUGCAUCGCUGUCCUGAUCCCCUGCAUCGCCUCAGCAGCCUUCCCUCACCCAAGUUUCUCGGCCUUGUCCAAGCUAGCAUCUCAUUCACCACGUUCUUCAACCUCUUCAGUUCAAAUGUCGCUUCCCGCUCGUUCCUCCAGGAGUAGCACCCACUCCCCACUUGCAGACUCUUUCCUCGAUGCCAAGGCGCAGAGCGCGCGACGCAUCUCCUCAUAUGAAACCACCCGCACUCGAGCAGGCUCUUCCACCCCAGCCUCUCUCACUAUAGUCCCAGAAAACAAACAAAACGCCCAAACAGCGCCUCAGAGCACGCCGCCGUCAUCCUACAAGCUCGCUGACAGGCGGAAGUUACCGAGGUCGGCGAGCGGAUUGUCCGCCGACUGCGGACGUGUGUCUGGAGGGUCGGACUCUGACGACGGAGUUCUGACCAUAAAUAGGGCAAAGACAUACGACAAAGGAAAAGAGAAGGACACUCUCGCUGGUGGGAUGUGGGGUAUCCCAGAGGAACAAACCAUCAAACAGGCCAGGUGGGUUUUAGACCCUACUGAAAUGCAACUGGGUUCAGAAACUUGGUCAAAUUCAUUGCGGAUUGUCUUGGUUCUAGGGCAUGUAACUGUCGAAGCACUUGAGCCAAUGCUCUACAACCCCGCGUUCGCAAACACCCUCCUUCUGAUAGGCUCCUACGAGCCCAUACCGGAGAUUGACGCUCUUCUUUCCCCCUCUCACCUUUUAUCGUCAUCUCCGGAUCGAGAGAUUUGCCCUAGUAUCCAGCCUUUCCAACCUUCUGGCAGAGCUAACGGUACCGAGUCUCAUGAUCUUACUGUUCUCUUGAACCAGGCGACUAUUCUAGCCAAGCAGUACCGUGAGCGAACCCCGUUGGCUACCCGUUCUAGACAAGGGUCUUUCACAAGUGCUUCAAACUCUCCUCCUUCAUCUCCUGGAGGCAGAAAAAAAGUCUUCUCAGUGUUAGGGCUGGGUAGGACACCAUCGAGGAGAGGAUCAUUGGAUUCUACAGGGGAUGACCGGCCAUCGUCCAGUGUAUUCAAUGGCGAGCGUGAAGGCAUCUCCAGCAGUAUGUCAAGCAGUUCUCUCCGGGCACCAAGCGUAGCCUCGAACAGAAAUCCUCAUUCACGCAUCUUAUCCAUGUCUCGAGACAGCUUUCUGGGAGGGAUGUUCAAACUUGACGGCGAUGCAAGAUCUUCGGGUGAGGGGCGGCAUUUGUUUGACGCGGUUAUUAAUUUCGUGCCGCCCAUGUCAAUGUUCAAAUCCGAACGUGCUAUGCAGCACAUGCUUCACCAGGCAGUAGUGAUCACUACUGGUUGCGUGCCCACACUGGUUCGCAGUGUAGGUAGAAGCUCGAAUGGUGAGGCGCCUACUCUUCCUAUCACACUCCUCCACGUCCUGCCCUCUCAGACGCCUCCUGCACUCGCACCCGUUCUCGAGUCUUUCGUCUUGUCGCUCUUACCCAACUUCCAAGCCCGAUGUUCUCGGGAAUUGUUCGGCUGCAUCGUCACCCCGCCCGUAUGGUUCUCUCCCCUUGUGAGCAUGUCUUCAAACGCUAUCACUGAGGACGGUGUAAGUGGAGCAGAAGUGCUGCUGGUUGGAGGUGUAAGGUGCCCUCAUCAAGUUAUGAAGGGGCAAGGUCGUACAGAAGACUUCAAAUCUCGUGCAUUCUUGUUCAGCUGGGAAGCUUGCAUGUCAGUGUGCGGCAUCAUUGCUGAAUCUCGUCGUCCUUCUGGGUCACGCGCGUCCACAUCGGCAUCUCGCUCUGUCUCCAGACAGGACAUUCCUGGUGACCCCCCUUCUGUCAACUUCAACGACGUCCAGGCGAGGACACCCCCUCAGACAUUUGAGCAUAUUUUAUCUACAGCGUCAGCUUCCAAUUCAUCCCAACUGCCUACACCACCUACAUCACUUUCCGCUCAGCCAAGCUCAAGCCCUAAACCAGCUUUGUUCUCGCCAACCCUUCUACCUAUCCAAACCCAGAACCUGCAUCAACGCAAGUCCAAGCUUUCUGCUGUAGCAGCAGCCUCCGACCUCCUCAACUCCCCGCCCACUCCUGAUCUCGACCCCAGCAUCUCUAGCUGCUCAUCAAGCUUUGCGCUGGGUGAGACAAACUCUCAGGGAUCGGGAUCGGGCGGAUCGGCAAGUGCGGCUGCUACUGGGAACGGUGGGGAUAAUGCGGUGAGGGUUGUGAAGCAAGGGGAGUUUGGAAGGGAGAAAUGGGAAGACGGAAAGGAACCGAAGAGAAAGGGAGGAAGAGGGAUUGUAUCCGGAUGGUUCAAGCGAGCGAUUGCGAAGAACAUUAAGGCGUAAAAAGAGAAGUCGUUUAUCCUUGCCUCUGGCUGUUUGUGACAUGUUUGCUGGGAGCGGGAACAAGUGGACGUGCCUGAGUGGAUGUACCUGGCGAGGAUCGAUGGAGUGUCAUGGGAACAGUUCAUUCAUUAGGACAUUUCUCAUUGAACACGAGCACACAUUCACCAUAUGCCGAACAUAUUAGCCUAGCAUUGGACAUUCCGAUAUACUACAUCGUUAAGCUUAGAUAAUUGUUGGUUGUUUACAUCAUUAGCAAAAUAAUAGAAUGAUUUCGUUGAUCGAAAGUCCGAGUUUGCACAUCUGUUUCUUGUCUGCGAUCGACGAAUUUACAGACUAUGUACGCGCAUAUCUCCUG